AGUCCUGCUAGCGUGGCUAACAGAAAGCCUAUUGGAAGUACAAGCUGUCAGAUGUGAACGGUCAAAGUUUUCUCGUUGAGCCAUAGGCUUGAGAGACGCUCCGCCUUACACCGAUCUGACACGCACAUCCUAUCAUGCACAUCCUACACGAUUCACACAGACCGGAUGUGCCUGUGAGGCGCCCCUGUGUGAGGAGCAGAUUCCGUUCCUUACCAGACAUAUUAUUGCAACUUUUUGCCGCGAUUCAUUCUCCGGCUUCGUUUCGUUUGAACAGCUUAUUGCCGCGAAACGCUUAGGGUUGUGUUUUUAAUCCGACUGUAUUUCUAGCCCUAAAAUCUCCCCCUUCCCCUUAGUCUCUCUCUCUCUCUGCGCAACCUGACAUUGAAAGCUCGAAGACAAGCUUUUGUCAUCGUUCAGAGAUGCCUCAAGAGCUUCCUGGUUUCUAUUAUGACCCGGAGAAAAACAGAUACUUCCCUAUCAAAGGUCCUAUACCUGGUUCCAGUCGUUAUCCAUCCUCAUCAUCAACAACAAUAUCGAAUUCUCAAAUACCAUCUUCCAAGUCCAACGAGGCAAUUGAAAAGUUAAACACAUUAAAGAGAAAGAGAAUCAGAAUUGCAAAGCUGCUUCAAGUUAGGGAAUUGCAUGGUAAAGUGCUUAAUUUCAAUCAGUUGAGGUGUAAUUUUCAACAGGAAUACCAAAUGAUGCAAGCUUCUCAUCCUGUGAUAUGGAAGUACCAGAGCACUGAUAGGAUUGCUGAUAGUGCUCUGGAACAAUUACAUGUUGAUAUCCAAACAGCACAGGGCCAAAGUGAAACAGACGUGUUAUUAAUGGGCAACAUGAAUGGCUCUUUGAGUCUUUUUGAAUUUGGAAGAGUUGGACAACUUUUUGACUAUGGAGUAAAAUGCAUGCCAGAUUGUGUCUGGCCUCUCACUAUGGAGAACCAAUCAGAUUGCAGUGAAGCACCAGGACAUCUUUGGAGACCAACAGGUGCUUUGACUCUUAUGCCGUCAUGUAUAUCUUGUAUAAAGAGGAGUGGAAAGCAUUACAUGGAUACAGCUGAUGACAAUUCAGUCAUCCAGAAUGCUUUGAUAACCACUUUGGGAUCGGAAACAUCUGGUGGAUCCAUCUUUGUCCUGAAUCUUAGUGAACCAUUAGAGUUUAGUCCAAGUAUUCCUGUUCUAAGGAGAAGACUUUUUGAGGUUGCUUCGUUGAAUUGUACAAUUUGGACUGCUGAUUGCAACUCCAAUGGGACUGAAGCAAUAGUAGGUACCAGUCUGGGAGCAGCCUUGGUAAAUUUAGAGACUGGGGUGCCAUCAUGGGUGUGCCGGAGCAAAAGUGAUGUCUUCUCCCAACAAUUUAAUCAAUCGGGAAAUGUUGUUGUAUGUGGACUUAGAAAUGGAGCAAUUGUGACAGUUGAUGUUCGUCAAAGACAAGAAGCAUUUUCUGCUAGACUUCCUAGACAUCGAGUACCUUAUCGUGCGAAUAAAGGUUCUGAGGCUUCAAGUAGGAACUUCAAGAAUGCAACUAAACAAUGGUUUGAGCUCAAAGGAAAUAUACAUCCAUCAUGCACCAUUUUCAUGCCUUCAUCUAUUUCCAGUUUGGUAUCACUUCAAUCCUAUGAUCAAUACUUCUUAGCAAGCUCUAUGGAUGGAUCGAUCUACCUCUAUGAUCACCGCCUUCUCAAGAGAGGAGCCAUCCAAUCUUAUGAAGGGCAUGUAAAUUCGCAUACACGUAUACAACUUGGAGUGGAUCCAUCUGAGAGGCUUGUCUUAUCAGGUGGAGAGGAUGGUAAUUUACGUAUCUGGAGCAUCAAGACUGGUGAGAUGCUAUUUAGGAAUAAGAUCUCUAAUUUGGUUCCUUCAACAGUGUGCUGGACAGGAUCUGGGGCAUGGCUUGGAUCACGGGAAGGAAUAGUUUUCAUGCAAAGGUAACUUUGAAAUAUGGAUGCUUAAUGCAAAGUGAAUAGCCAGUGAUGACCUGCUAUUACAAGGUAAAGUUUCUAGUCGAAAUGAAUGGGCAGCAUCUCUUCUGUUAUCUGAAUGGAAGAAUCCAGACCCCUACUGCAGAGGCCCAUGUGGGUUAAUUCAUUAGCUCCAUCAUAGUUGCUUCAUGACAUUACCAAGGCUCUUCUAGUUUCCAAGAUAGAAAGCCCAUGUUUGUUUGCAAUCUGAAUCUUAAAGGGCUUUCCUUGCAAUGUGAGAUGGACCUUCCUAAAUGGAGAAAGUUUCCAUGGCAUACAUCUGUUGAAUUCUCAGACACCAAACAGAUUCUUGAGGGGACACUUCCACAUAUGACUUCUUUCCCCUUAUUUGUGACAUAAACGAGCAUCUGAUGUAAAUAAUGAAUUCCAUCUUUUCUUAUUGAAUGAUGUGUGAUAAAGAUAAAACUUUUAGAUUUGGUUA